AUGGCCUCAGGGAGCGGGUUCGACUCCCGCGCGAUGUCUCUAAGCCGUACGGAGUUCAAUGUGGAAAGACCAAAACACAAAGUUGCCUCCUUUGGUCGUCGAUAUUCUUUAGGAGCAUCUUGCUUGAAGUCCCUGUGUUACCGGAAUGGCCCGGACUGGUUCAAGGAGAUACCCGACCAUUGUCACCAGGGCUUGGAGAGAGGUGACGCUACUGAGAUCGACAGCGGUGGUGACGGCAAAAGCCAAUGUGAGCUUUCAACAGUUACUAAAGUGAAGCAGAUAAGGAGUCCCUCGGCAUUUGUUGAUGAUCAUCGAAAUACAUUCCCUGGACUCCUGCUCUGCUGCCAUCAGAUCACCGAGGAGCUGACGGACAUGUUAUACAAAGAAAACACUCUUCAAAUCAACAUUCAAGACGAGUCCACUCUCGAAAAUUUGAUCAGGCCCAACACAAGGCAGAAGAUACGCAAAAUGGUGCUCAUCCUACGACCUCGGGGACUCUCUCACCGACGCAAGUUUCGCAUGAACCCUGAUAUCUGGGAUGGUAUCCUCGGGAAUCUUCAGAUACUAGGGGUUGUUGUAGAGCAGCCGGAACCCUACUUUGAAACACUGCUUACUGGAAAAAAAGCAGAAGACGUUUUUGCGGAUUGGAUUGCCUGUAUAACUCCAAUCCUGGAAUAUGUAGGUCAGGCUCUUCAUAGAGAAGCCAAGAUUGUGGUGGAUGCAAAUGAACACCAAAAGACGGUUGAAGUGAUAAAAGAGGCAAUACCGGAGCGCUGCCACUUUCAGCGCCUAUCCUUGGCCGACUUCAUAUUUGUAAGAGGAAGGUUCGCUUCGGCAUCAGCAUUCUGGGGAAGAUAUUGGGGCUACUUUGGGGACGACUCAAUCACCGCUCAGGACUGCAUGGAUGAUGAUGACGACUUCGCUCUUCUUUAUUCUAAUCGAGGCCCGCGAGCGGCUCACAGGUCUCGAACAUAUAGGUGGCUAGGCUAG